AUGGCCCACGACGACGAGAAAACCUCCUUCCUUCCCCGCGACCCACGUCACAACUCAGCCACUGACGACGACAACAAGACUCUAGCCACCGUGUACGAAGGCGACGAGUACUUCGAUGCCGACCCCAAAAUCACGCCCCUCAUGAGCCGAAGCCGCACCAUCGAAGAGCACGACUUCCAACACACCUUCAAGAAAGAGGACGUCAUCGACGCCGAAAAAGCCCCUCGUCGUCACAAUAUCGUCUUCUGCCUCCUGUUCGUGUGUUUCUUCGUGGCGGCUAUGAUUAGCAAGGGCACUCCAGGUCAGGUCAUGCCGGCCGAGUAUAAGCCCUGCGAGUUUGGAUCGAGUCAGAAGCGUGGUGUUGCAGGGGGAGAGGAGGACCCCAGCACGGCUACAUAUACGCCGCAAGCGGAUCUGCUGAGCGACUGCCAGAAUCUGGAGCUCUGGCCUGAGACUAUGCGGCCGAGCACGACGUCGGAGUUGGGUGGAUCUCCUAGCGAGGAGGUGAAGCCUCGCUGGGAGGGUACGGCGUACUCCAACAGCUCGAUCACGAUGACUGGCACUGGCACCGGAAUCCCCACCAUCCCAACGUCCGACUACGCCAAGGUAGCUGCAUCGAACACCACUGUAUGCUCAGACUCUGCGGGGAUGGAGGCGCAGACGACCGGGCCAGAGUCUUACGCUGGCCUGGGAUCUGCGACGGCGUGGGGUCCGCCAGGGACGGUUGAGAGCACUCUCAAGACGAUGCUUUCUCCGACGGGUGGUGGCAACAUGCGCUACGGGCAGCCAUUCAAGCCGAAUACGAAGGGAUGGCCUGGUGAAUGCCAUGCCGAGCCGAAUAGGAAGGUUGGAGAUCCGGAGAGAUGCUGGUGUUACGCCGGAGGAACGCCGCGAGCCAGCGAAGUAAUGCGCUCCGCCAUCAAAGACGCGUGCCGAUACUUCAGCCUGAACUCCCUCGGACCCGCGGGAGACCAACACAAGCAAGUCUUGGCAUCAAACUACCUCUACGACGACCUCGAAGUCCCCUCCCACGCGGGCCGCAUCCUCCUCAAGAUGGAAUACUGGGGCGACGCCAACGGGAACGACGUCAACCAGCGCCCGGAUGGACCCUGUUUGAUCUUCAAGACGGGCUGGGGGCAGUGUACGGAGGCGUUUGAAUCCCUGUUGAAGCAGUGUAAUACCCUUGGGAGGCCCGACUAUCCGAAUGGGUAUGGAGGGUAUGGGAUGGAUUCCUGUGUUAUGUGGACGAUUGAUCUUGAUCCGGGGAGAAACAACAUCGCCAUGCCCCCCUCCAUCGACAACGAGCGCAACUACUGGAUGGGCGUCAACCCCGGCCGAGCCCCCGAAUCCUCGGUUUCAACCUACACAUGGACGCCGCCGCCCGCGAAGCGCACAGAUGAUCCUAUCAUCCCUAGACAAGGUCUCAUCAUCCCGAAGCCAGGGCUGGAGUGUGCGAUGCAUCCUACCUCUCCGAAUUGUAUGAAGCCUCCUUCUCCAUGA